AUGACUGCUUCCGAUAACCUACCACCUUCUUACAUAAACUGGUCCAACUCGCAAUUAGUUUCGUGGAUAGAGGGUCUUGGUGAAUUUGUUCAAUGUUAUCUCCCUUCUCUCCGCACAUCAAGUCUGACUGGACGUCGUCUUUCAUGCCUGACUGAGUCUGAUUUAAAAUCUCUCGGAAUUACAAAAAUUGGUGAUUUACGUCGGCUUCAAGCUGCUAUAUCUGGUCUUAUUGAAGAUUUUAAUGGUCUUGAAGUGGAAAAUAUGCAGAGUCUUUUGUUUAAUGUUAUUCGAAUAACUGAUCAGUUUUCAGCUCUUCUAAAAUGUAUUCGUAAUCAAAGUUCACUUUUCGAGUCCACGAUCGAAUUUGAACAUCUCCUUGUUAAGUGUCUUCUUCACAUGGGUUUAAUGGUUAAAAAGGCAGCCUCUUGGCUUGAACGGGGACCUUUUUCUCACUUCUCUCAAUUAUCUUCUCUUCGCGGACUUAUGUUACAACAUACUAUUGAUCUUAACACUGUCCUUCAAUCAGCUUUGAGAAAGUCGAGUUUACUGACUUAUCAAAAUGCAAUGCUUGAGUUGACUAGUGAAUUAAAAGAUCGGUUGGAGGUUGUUAUUCAUGAUUGUGAUGAUUCUAUUUUACUUACUCCAUGUUCAGUCGAAUAUGUAUCUUUAAGAAAGGAUGAACAAGCAGCUUACGGUUUCACUUUCUACACUAAUGAAUUCAAUGUUCACAUUAUUAAGUCACUGGACUCAAACUUGCAAGCUCCUGCAUUCACCUGUGGUGCAAUAUCUAAAGACGACGAGAUUGUCGAAGUCAAUUAUCAAUUAGUGCUUGGUUGGGAGCACAAUGCAGUAGUUCGAUUGAUUCAACAGAAUACUCGUCGGCUUGAUUUGAGAAUUCGUAAGCGUCCCUCCCAAUGCUCUGAUUACUCGAUGACCUCCCAGCGUCAUCGUAUGCAUGCCUUGACCAAGUCUCUGCGUCCCUUCACGGCUGAACCACAGCAUUCCAGACGUUCAGAUUUCAUCCGGAAUCGUACACCUAAACGUCGAACUCAGCCUCUACCGUCAGUCUCACCAAAUACUUCAGCCACAUCAACUGGUACAACUACAGCCAAUAUCUCACACGAGGAGAAGGAAGAAGAAGCCCUUAUCGCUGAGGUUCCAGAACUGUAUGAAAAGCCAUCACGCCAAUCACUACACCAAUCCGAAUCCCUGAAAUCUCCAGCGAAUUUAUCAAGAACUCACAGCCGACCACGUCACGAGCGCUACUGUCAAGCCCUUCAGCCCUCUCACCUUAUUCUCUCUUCUUCAAAUGAGGAACGAACCCCCAAUACAGAGUCAUCUUUUUCUUCUUUGUCUCUCAUGGAGCCUAAAAGCGAGGCUUCGAUUUCUCAUAGAAAGACCCGUCGAAGACCUGUUACUUUGGGAUCUUUGGACGAGUUCGCUAAAACAAGUAAUACCGUUUCAGCAUCAUCUACCCCUCCUCCGAAUUUGGGCCUAUCAAAACUUCAGACUAACUCUCAAGGGUGGUUGUGGCUCAAAAAACGAACCUCAAAAUCAUUUGGGAACCGAUAUGUCAAACGUUGGUGUGUAUUCAAGCAAAAUGCCCUCUACUAUUAUCGUAAUCAAGAGGAAGAAAAUGCUGAGGGACUAAUUCUCCUCCAUGGGUUCACAAUCUCCCCGGUGUCGAAUGAAAGCGGUCGUUCGGGGAAAUAUCCUUUUCGAGUAUACAAUGAGUGGACACGGUUUGUAUUUGCAGCUGAUAGUGAGAGGGCACGAACUCGAUGGAUGAAUAUGCUCGGCUUGGCAGCGAUUGGUCAAUCAGCGUGUUUAUGGACUUCGCCGAUUGGUGGAUUCCAUCCAGGCUACUUGCCGUCCUCCACGAAAGUGGAAGAGAAAGAGGUGGCGAAUGUGUCGAGCCCACGACUUCUGGAACCACCUAGACCUAGUACAUCGAGUGGCGAGAAUUUACUACGACGUCAACCAGUGACAAUUCAUCGGUGUUCUUCAAGUCUCAAUGUGCCCUCAUCCUCGGGUCUACAUCAUCCUCCAAUCGAUGCAGCCUCGGUAUCUAAUCGUCAGAUAGAUCAGCACUCUGGUCACAACCACCACCACUACUUAUCUGUCAGUGCCACAUGUCUAACUGCCAAUGAUUCGGCAGCUGAAUCAUCAGACGAGGAGUCAGAAAUAGCCUCUCGAAAACAACAUCUGGCUUCGGUGGUAAUACAGACCAAAAGUGAAGAGGGUCAAGAGACAAAUGAGGAACAAAAUGCUGAUCAGUCACCAUGUCGUUUGACACGCCGUGCUGCCGUGAUUCGUCGAAGACGCAUCCGACGUCUCACUGAGGGCUCGAUUUCCCCCUCAGUCUUCCUAACCUCCCCUCCUAUGGUGAUUCGAGGUCAAAACCACCCAGUACCUUCCGAGUGGAUGUAUCUCUCUUCAGAGACGGUUGUGGUAGAAGGUGAGAAGAGUCUGGAACAGAGGCAAUGCCGGCGCAACUUAACUCUUCAUUCCACUGGAACUAGUAGCUGCGGAGAUGAAGGUGAUAGUGGUGAAAGUCUUCAAUUGCUCGUCCAAAACCCCAACAGACUUUCUCCUUCCUUUUCAUUGUCUAGUCGUUCUUCGGAGUCGCCAGAGCAGAAUUCAGUGUAA